AUGCCGCCAAGUAGCCUUCGAGUCGUGUACGCGUUCGCCAGAGAAAUGCAUCCGAAAACAAGUGAUGUUUUUAUUCAAUACGGAACCGCUGGAUUCCGCACCAAAGCCAUUUUGCUGGAGCAUGUCGUCUACCGCAUGGGUCUAUUGGCUGUUAUACGGUCUCGUGUCAAAAAUGGGCGAACAAUCGGCAUAAUGAUAACAGCGUCGCAUAACCUGGAGCCAGAUAACGGAGUGAAACUAAUUGAUCCUGACGGCGAGAUGCUCGAGCAAAGUUGGGAGGAGAUUGCGACGAGACUCGCUAAUGUCAGUGACAAUGACUUAGAAUCAACAACGGAACAAGUUAUAAAGGAAGUCAACGCGGACAUGUCUCUCAAAGCGUCCGUCUUCAUUGGAAUGGACACAAGAUACACGAGCCCUCGGCUGGCAGCCGCCGCUGUUCACGGAGUGAUAGCGCUGAAGGGAACGCCAAAGGAAUUUGGUAUUGUCACCACUCCCAUGCUGCAUUUCUGCGUUAAGUGCCGGAAUGAUAACACGUAUGGAACCCCCACUGAAGAAGGUUAUUACGAGAAAAUAGUGGGAGCUUUUAAAAAUAUCCGUCAAAAGUUACCAGUAAGUGGAGAGUACAACACAACGCUGUAUGUAGAUGGCGCUAAUGGCGUUGGCGGAAAGAAAUUGAAUAUCAUAAAGAAGACUCUGGAUGGGGAGCUCGAUCUAGUCUUGCAUAAUUUGGGCGGAAAUGGCGGGAAAUUGAAUUUAAACUGUGGUGCGGACUUCGUGAAAGUGUCACAGAAGCCGCCGGUGGGAGUCGAACACGUGCCCUUCCAGCGUGUCGCUUCACUGGAUGGUGACGGCGACAGAAUUGUCUACUACUAUCUCGAUGACAAAGAAAGAAUGCACCUUCUGGACGGAGACCGAAUCGCCACGCUCCUUGCUAGCUACAUAACCGAGUUGUUGAAGGCUUGCAAUGCCGAAGAACUGCGUUUGGGGCUAGUGCAGACUGCAUACGCAAAUGGAGCCUCAACAAAAUACAUUACAGAGGAUCUGAAAGUGCCCGUAACAUGCGUGAAAACGGGCGUGAAGCAUCUACACCACGCAGCUCUGUCUUACGAUGUAGGCGUUUAUUUCGAGGCUAAUGGCCACGGAACUGUUGUUUAUAGUGAGCUAGCGAAGAAAAAUAUCAGGAAGAUCGCAGAAGAAGGUGAUGCUGAGCAACGAAAAGCGGCCAGCCUUCUCCUUAACUUCAUAGACAUGACAAACGAAACGGUCGGGGACGCCAUCUCAGAUCUGUUUCUAGUAGAAACUAUUCUAUGUGCGAGGGGACACAAUGUAAGGCAGUGGAUGAAAGCGUACACUGAUUUACCCUGUCGACUACUCAAAGUUACCGUCCAGGACCGUAACGCAAUAUCAACAGCAGACGCGGAGCGGGUUUGCACCUCUCCGGAAGGUCUACAAACGAGGAUCAAUGAACUAGUUUCGCGAUACAAGAGCGGGCGUUCGUUUGUCCGUCCGUCCGGCACCGAGGACGUUGUUAGAGUGUACGCGGAGGCUGACACGCAGGAAUCGGCAGACAAAUUGGCUGCAGAAGUCGCACAAGCAGUGUUCGACUUAGCCGGAGGUGUGGGUGAAAGACCAAAGUUACCUGCAUAG